AGUGAGUGAGUGAGUGAGUGUGUGUGUGAGCGAGCACAGUCGCCGUUAGUUAGUGGUGGUGCCCUCCUGACGAAGACUCACUUCCAAACGCUGAACCCGAAGAUGUUUGCGAGCAUGUGAAGCGGACUCGUCACAUCAUGUCCUUCUGAAAGUUUGGAAAGUCAACAUCAAACCUCGACCCUUCCAGAGCCACUGAGCAGAAGAAAGGAAAUCGCUGCCAAGAUGUUCAGCACCAAAAGACUGAAGCAGAAGUCUCAGUCCGUGGACAUUGCCAGUCAAGGGUUCUCCCCGACUCUGGUGCCGGCCUCACCCCUCAACAGGGCUUCACCACCUGUUGCCAAGACGACCACCGUCCUUGCAGUGCAGGAAAACAACACCACCAACUCCCAGCACCGCAGCCCCCGGUGUGGCGAGCUGAAGAGGGGCUACACCAUAGAUACCGGCCAGAAGAAGACCCCGGAGAAGAAGGAUGGGAGGCGCAUGUCGUUUCAGAGACCUAAAGGGACCAUCGAAUAUUCUGUGGAAUCACGGGACACGCUGAACAGCAUUGCGCUCAAGUUUGACACCACACCCAACGAGCUGGUUCAGCUGAACAAGCUGUUCUCCAGAGCAGUGGUGCCUGGCCAGGUUCUGUAUGUUCCUGAUCCCGAGUACGUGUCCAGUGUCGGAAGCUCCCCUUCCCUCAGUCCCAUCAGCCCCCUGUCACCCACCUCCUCAGAAGCUGAUUUAGAGAAAGUGACGGACUCUGAUGGCCCCCCCAGACCAGAAGGUGUUCACCCUCCAAUCUUCUCCACCCUGCGCAAGUCCAGAGUGGUGUCAUCCACCUCCGAGGAGGAAGAAGCCCUCACGGAGAAGUUCCUCAAGAUCAACUGCAAGUACAUCACUGAUGGAAAGGGUGCAGUGAGCGGGGUGUUGCUGGUGACACCCAACAACAUCAUGUUCGACCCUCACCGUAUGGAUCCCUUGGUUCAGGCCCACGGCUGUGAGGAGUACGGCAUCAUGUGUCCUCUGGAGGAAGUGCAGUCCGCUGCCAUCUACAAGGAGAUCACCGACCCCAAGAUCAGAGAGACCGUCCCUGAUGACCUGGAGCCUCUGCCAACUGAGAGACAUCCUUCCCAGCAGAAGGACCCAGAGCAUCGCCUGAGGGAGCCAGGGGCCAAUGACAGCGCCAGCACGGCCCCACGCAGCACUGAAGGCUCCUUCUCUGAGGACGUCUUCACUGAAUCUGAGCUUUCCCCCAUACGUGAGGAGGAGCAAACGUCUAAUGAGGACCUCCGCCUUGACAAGUCCUCUGGCGCUUCCACGGAGUCUGUGCAAACUGUCACCCAGAUGGAAGCUGCUGGCACCGGUAACUUGGCCGCAGGCAGUGCCCGCGGCUCAGUCAGCCAGCCAGAGGAUCUCCCCAUGGUAAAAGCAGAGGACAAUCCACCGGACACUGCCACAGAAAUUAAUAGCCAGUCCCCCGUGGGGUCCAAGCAGCACAGUGUAGAGAAGCCACCAAGCACACCCACUACCACCACCACCACCACCACCACCAGCAGCAGCACUAGCCAAGCCCAGUGUCCAAGCAGCAGCUCCUCUCGCCCAGGCUCCCAGAGCUCAGCCACCCCUGGUGCCACAGACACCACUGCUGUCUCAGCCAGUCCACAAGGGGAUGUCAGUGAGGGGAGAGACAUCUCCAAAACAGACACUAUGCAAGGCAAGGAGGAGAACGUAGAGGAGACACAAAAGGACGGCACAGGGAACUCUGCAGAGGGUACAGGGUCAGCGGAGAGCCGGAAGCACCGCUCCCACAAGUUCUUGUGUCUGCGGGUGGGGAAGCCCAUGAAGAAGACGUUUGUUUCCAAUGCCAGCGCCUCCAUGCAGCAGUAUGCCCAGCAGGGCAAAAAGCACGAGUACUGGUUUGCUGUGCCGCGGGAAAGGUCAGACCACCUGUACGUAUUCUUCAUGCAGUGGAGUCCAGACAUGUUCAGUGAGGGAGUCGGGGGCGUGGGACAAGAGCCCGGCUUUAUGGUCGUCAAGAAGAAUGAGGUGUCUGAGAUGGAAAAGGAUGAGCCCAUCACUGACCUUAAUGUCAAGGAGUGGGAGGUAGUGUCUCUGACGGAGUACCACCGUCGGAUUGACGCUCUAAACAGUGAAGAUCUGCGCUCACUCUGCAAACGACUCCAGAUCACCACCAAGGAGGAGGUGAACUCCAAACAUGGCACGUCCAUUAAGACGGAUCUAGAGCCAGAAACCUUCAAACCCAAUCUCAGAGAACCCAGUGACCUACUAGAGGCUGACCAGAUAGAGAAGCUUGCCAGGAAUCUCCCACCACGGACCAUUGGGUACCCAUGGACACUGGCCUUUGGCACAUCAAAGCAUGGCAUGAGCAUUAAGUCGCUGUACAGAGCCAUGCAGGGCCAGGACACCCCGGUGCUCAUGGUCAUUAAGGACAGCGACGGCCAGGUAUUUGGUGCACUGGCAUCCGAGCCCUUUAAAGUCAGCGAUGGUUUUUAUGGCACAGGAGAGACCUUCCUCUUCACCUUCAACCCAGAGUUUGAGGUGUACAAAUGGACAGGUGAUAACAUGUUCUUCAUCAAGGGAGACAUGGACUCCUUAGCAUUUGGUGGAGGAAGUGGAGAGUUUGGCCUGUGGCUGGAUGGAGACCUUUACCACGGCAGAAGUCACUCCUGUAAAACAUUUGGGAAUCCCAUGCUCUCGAAAAAGGAGGAUUUCUAUGUGCAGGACAUAGAGAUCUGGGCGUUUGAAUAACAAGACAGUUCAUCACAGGGAAAAAAACAAGUCCUGUAAAGGGCAAAGCGAGGAGUUCUCCUUUAGAACAAUGGCAGUGUCCCAAACCUAACUGCACAUCACCGGGCUCUCCAGGCCGGAAGCCAGCUAUCGGAUGCUUGUUGUGCAUUACUACUGCAGUUAUUACAGAGCUUUUUUUUUUCUUUUGUGAAAAAUUACCUUUGUGUGUAUCUUGUUACAGCCUUGUGCAGCGUCUUUACAGAACAGUGGGGUAAAGCAGCGACGACGGUGGUG